ACUCUCCUCCAAAUAAUUUAUCUCAAGUACAGCGGAGUUUCCUCUGGCUUUUGAGGUCAUUCCCUCUGGCUCAUGUUGCCCAGAGCUAGUUGAGAUUCAAUCCACAAAAUAGCUUGAACUGCCUCUUUUGCAAACCCCUGGCUUUUGAGGUCAUUUCCUCUGCCUCAUGUUGGCCAGAGCUACUUGAGAUUCAAUCCACAGAAUAGCUUGAACUGCCUCUUUUGCAAACCCCAGCCUGCUUCAGAACUCAUCUCAAAUCUCUGAGUUGAUCGUGCAUCCAAAACUCAUCCAUGGUUACCAAAACGACCCGGCAAGGCUCGCACUCAAAUAGCUUUGUGACUGUAGCCAUGGCGACGGGAUGCGACGCCGCUUUCGAAGCCUUAAUACGGAAAUCACCGGUCCCUUCGCCUCCUUCCAUCUCCGACGGACCGCCAUCACCUCCGUCGAGCACGCGGCCCGGCCACCAUCUCCUUCGCAGGAUUAGAGUGGAGGGAUCAGCAUAUUCAGAAUGCUGGGUAUGGCAUCAGCUGUUACAUCGACUUGCUGUUCUGUGCUUAUGAAGUCCAGACCUUGCCACACUUUUCGGCCUUCACGGCAGCUAGUGGUUGUUUCUACCAAAGGAAUUACAGCAAUGACUGUUAGCACCACUGUAUCGACAAUGGGCAUCUCUGAGGCAAGGAAAGAAGGCAAGGCUGCAGCCACUCAAUCCUUGGGAAGGGGUAGUGAAUUUGCUGCAAUUAAAUCCAUAUUGAAGGAGGUUGUUCCACAAUCAUCUUUUGCUAUUGCUUUUCUCCCAAGCUAUGACCAAAUUCUUGCAAUUGAGAAGUUCAAAUCCAUCAUUGGGAAGUUCAAAUCCAUCAUUGGGAAGUUCAAAUCCAUCGUUGAGAAGUUCAAAUCCAUUGUUGAGAGUUUCAAAUCCAUCAUUGAGAUUCAUGGUCAACGUCAUCCUAGGAUUUUUAUUAGUUACAAACGGGGCGACACACUCCGUCCUGUGAGCCAUCUCAAGGGUGCUCUUGAGCGGAGGGGGAUAAGAACGGUCGUCGAUUAUACACUGGAUGGAGGAGAAGAGAUCUGGCCAGCGAUUGAAGAAGUAAUCAAGCAGUCGAAUAUCGCUGUUGUGGUUGUUUCUCAGAAUUACCAUUCCUCACCGUGGUGCCUCAAUGAGCUGGUGAAGAUCCUCGAGUGCCGAAAAAAAAGGGUUAUGAUUGUAUUGCCCAUUUUCUGGGAGAUUGAUGCAAGAGUGCUGCAAGAGCCGUCCAGCCCUUUUUUGGAGAAUAUUGGCCAAGGUGAAGACUGUUUCAAGCAGCAGAAUCCACACCAGGUCCAGAAGUGGAGAAAAGCUUUACAAGCAGUGGGCCAGAUCAUUGGCUUUCCCGUUAGUGCCAGUUUGGAUAAAACUGAAGCUGAAUUGAUCGAGGACCUUGCGGACAAAAUCGCAGCCAAAUGGUACCGCUCGGUGUGAACUUUGACUCCCAUCCAGCUGGGUUAGUCUCCUGGUAAAAUAAUCAACGCCGUCUGAAGUGGCUUUGGAACAUGAAUGAAGUGGGAAAAGUUUCACCGGAAGGUCUUCCAUUGCGUGCACGAUGGAGAAACUCUCUUGGUGUUUGUAACGUGUCAUGUGUUGUUACAUUAUAGCAUUUAGCAAAAGUGCCACAUGAUACGAUUUCGAUAGAUGUGGGAUCUUUAUUUUUGGAUGUUAAAUAUGUGAUAGAGAGCUUGUCCUUGCC